CCCCAGACCACAGGAUCGAACCACCGCUGUUUGCCGAAGAGGGGGGAUUUUCCAAGGAGGUAGAAAGCUGGCUGCUCGAGCGAAACCGCAAACCUCGGAGGGGAGACGGACAUAGACAGUGGAAGCUAAUCCAGGUUUCAAAGCGUUCCGCAGAAACCUAUGGGCAAUUGGGAUGGGACUGCUGUCAGAUUUUAAGCUGUUUUUUUUUUUUAAUAUUCUUAUUUAUCCUUACAUCCCUCUCUUUUCCUCUACCUGUGUCUUCCUCACUAUCUCAGCACACCACCGUUCUGCCCUUCAUCAUCAUCGAGAUGCGGACAACCCACCAUCGGUACCCUAGCAGGUCGUGGGGUCUGGCAGCAGUGUGCUGCUUCGGCAUUGGAUACAUCCUCUGGACGUGUUGGGUGCACCAGGUGACAGGUGUGUGGGUGUACCCGGUGCUGGAGCGCAUCGCACCGCUGGCUCGAGUCGUCUUCUUCAGUGUGAUGACGGUGAUAAUCUGCAUCUUCUACGUCCUCGGAGAAAUCCUCAACAGCUACAUCUGGGACCAGCCACACACAGAAAAGGUCAAAGGUGAAUGAUCGUCUCUCAACUGUGUGGGCAUCGAAAUCGGCUUUCGAAGGACCAGCUGUGCCCCGCCCACCCAGGACAGCACAAGAUCGAGACCAAGCGACCUCUGCUGAAGUGGAAGAGACCUUCUGAACUAUAUUCAUAACAGUAAUAAAAAGUGAAAGACAACCACAUCAUCAGUUAUAUGUAAAUACAGGAGGCGGUGAUACUUGAAGGCGAGUCAAAAAUCAUCUUCUUUUUUUUUUGGUUUUUGUUUUGUCUUCUGUUUUUGUUUUCAGUGGCGAGAAAUAAGCAGCAAUCUGACAGCAGAUGGAGCGCAGUGGACAAACUCUGUACUGUACAUACAUCUACACCAAACAUAGGACAUCAACACUGACAGGCUGCACCCCCACAAACAUGUAACACACCUGAACAAUAUUUGCAAUUUGUUUUUCUGGUAUAAGCUACUGAUAAAAGUGAAUGAAUACCUUCAAAAGCCUCUGUACACCUACUGAACAUCAUCAUUAUUCAUCUCAUGAGUCGCACGACAUGUGUGGAAGAAAGUAGAGGUUGUGAACAAAAAAAACAAUCAAUAAAGUUGAAGUAGGAAAUAUUUCCUGUCAGUUA